UCUAAGUCUCAACCACUAUUACAAGUUCUAAGUAAUCAAUUCCUUUUAAAAAUGUCGUUCGCAAAGUUGUUCGUUCUAGCGGUGUUGGCUGUCAGCGUGAGUGCCCGUUACGUGUACCAGGAGCACCCGUACUACCUGAUAGAAGAAGCGAACGUUCUAGAAGACGACCUGGAAGAUGCUCUGACUCAGCCAGGGUUUGAGGCUCCCAGGCAUGUGAGGCUGGCGCGACAGGCGGGCAGCGUGAGUUCGAACCCAGACGGCAGUUUGAACCUGAACGCCAAGUUGCCAUUAGCUGGCAACGACAAGAACAUCCUCAGCGCUGUGGCUUCUGGUAGUGGUCUGACGGAUAAGGGAGGAUACGGCGCCGCUGGAGCCGGGUUGGCUCUUGACAAUGUCAAAGGCCACGGGCUUAGUCUGACAGGGACGCACAUCCCCAAGUUCGGUGACCAGCUGACGGCGGCUGGACACGUCGCUCUGGUCAACACUCCGGACCACAAGCUCAAUGCUAACGCCUUCGUCACCAGAAACAUGCCCAACAUACCCAAUGUACCGGACUUCAACACUCAUGGAGCUGGUGUCAAUUAUAUGUUCAAGGACAAAAUCGGCGGCUCCCUGGGCGUUGCGCAAACGCCUCUCUUCCAGAAGACCGACUACUCUGCCAUGGGCAACUUAAACCUGUUCCGGGACCGCACGUCGUCCCUGGACUUCAACGCUGGCUUGUCCAAGUCCGUGUCGCCUUUUAUACCGAAGAGCUCGUGGCAACCCUCAGGUGGUCUGACCUUUACUAGGUUCUGGUAAAUGAUGCAGUAUUUAAAUCCUUAUUACUUACAUUAAAACCUGAUAGACUGAUAUUCAAGUAACGUUCAGACGAAUUUAUUUGAACAAUUAGGUUCCAUUUUGCUUAGCUCUAUCAUUCUUCCCAAACUUAAGUUUAAAUGGAAAACACCAGUUGCUUCAUUAAUUAAUUUUUAAUCAAGUAUUUUUUAAAUCUUCGAAAAUCGUGUAAAAGAAAUACGUAUUGUCUUCUUUUAAAUUACUGCAAGUCGAUUAUUGAAUUGAUCAGAAAUCAGAAAUCAUUUAUUCGCUGAAGUAAUGUAAAUGGCUGUGAUGUAUUUGAUAUUAUUUAUUUGAAUGUAUUAUAAUAUAGAGAUCACACAUGUAUAUAGAUAAUUUUCUGAAAUAAUUUACAAUAAAUAUUUAUAAAUCAA